AUGAGUGACCAUGGAGAGAAGACUUGUCCACUUUGUGCUGAAGAGAUGGAUCCCACUGAUCAGCAAUUGAAGCCUUGCAAAUGUGGCUAUCAGAUAUGUGUUUGGUGCUGGCAUCACAUUGUGGACAUGGCUGAGAAAGAUCAGAUAGAAGGGCGUUGUCCAGCUUGUCGUACUCCAUAUGACAAAGAGAAGAUUGUAGGGAUGACUGUUAAUUGCGACAGUCUGGGCUCCGAAGGAAAUAUGGAGCGCAAGAAGACUCAAAAGUCAAAAUCAAAAACUUCUGAAGGGAGAAAGAACCUCACCAGUGUGAGAGUGGUCCAAAGGAAUCUUGUUUACGUUGUUGGGUUGCCUCUUAAUCUAGCAGAUGAAGAUCUGCUCCACCAUAAAGAAUAUUUCGGUCAGUAUGGAAAAGUUCUAAAAGUUUCCAUGUCUCGAACAGCAUCUGGUGUUAUCCAACAAUUCCCAAACAGUACAUGCAGUGUAUAUAUUACUUAUGGAAAAGAGGAGGAGGCUGUACGCUGCAUUCAGGCUGUUCAUGGGUUUAUCUUGGAUGGUAAACCACUGAAGGCUUGUUUUGGGACAACCAAGUAUUGUCAUCAAUGGCUCAGAAAUGUGCCAUGCGUCAAUCCUGAUUGUCUCUAUUUGCAUGAGGUUGGUUCUCAAGAGGAUAGUUUCACAAAAGAUGAGAUCAUAUCAGCAUAUACAAGGAAUAGAGUUCAACAAAUCACUGGAGCAACAAAUAUUAUGCAGUACCGUUCAGGGAGCAUGCUACCUCCACCGCUGGAUGCUUAUUGCAGUGACAAUUCUACUACAAAACCAAUUGUAAAAGUUCCUUCAACUAAUGCAGUAAGUGCUCCCAGGUAUUCUCCACCUAGUGGGAGCGGGAGCUCUAGCAGAUCCACAGCUCUUCCUGCUGCGGCGUCAUGGGGGACACAUAUUGCGAACCAGCAGUCUUCAGCAACUUCGAUUACCUCAAAUGGAUCUUCUGAUAAACAAAGAUCAACAUCAGUAAAUGGAAACUUGGCCUUUUCUGCUGUUGUUGCAAACGCAGCUCAUGGGCCUGUAUCCUCUUGUGACAUUCUUAAAAGACCAUCUCGGAAAGAAGAAAGCCAAAUGGUUGUUGAAAAAAGCAAACCUAGUGUGUUGAGGCCUUUGCAGCAUAAUGUUGUGGUUGAUUCUGGGUCCAAGAGAACUACCUCACCUGAUAGAGAUCGAACUAGCAAUCCAUUAUCUAGUACAGUAGACUCGUCCUAUGAUGUUGGAGACUGUGACAAGCCUUCAGCUACUGUGAAGUCGUUUGACGAUUCAAAUGAAGUUGUAGAAGAUGGCCCUACCGUAAGCAACUUGUCAGUUGGUGUUGCACGCAUGGGGGUAACUGCAAAUUCUACGGAUGAUGAAGGUCCUGAUAUUGCAGUUGCUAUUGGUAGUCAGUGUGAUCAAGGUUCUAUUAGACAACCUGGUCAUGGUGUAUUCAGUUUGCCACAUUUAGAACAAUGUAGGAUGGAUAGCUCUAUAAACCCUGAUGAGAAAACUAUCCCGUCAGAGAAUGGGGUCCCCCGCACAAGGCCAGAGUGGGAUUGGAGAUCAGAUUUGCAAUCCCAGAUGCAAACUAGCUCAAAAUUGGAACUGGAGGAUAUAUCAUCACUUGAUAGCCAACGGCAUCACCCUGGAGAGGAUAUUAUCCACUCGUGGUUUCUGUCUAAUUCCUCAAGUUCCAUGUUGGACACAAAUCAUUUGGCUUCUCUUUCUUGCCUGCCUGGUGAAGUUUCAGGUGUGAACAAUGUAGAUUCGCAAUCCGCUUUGAACAGCGGUUGUGAUAGAUUGCAUCUUCCAAAUGGAUAUGGUGAGAAAUCUAUGUCCAAUGUGGAGCACUCUCUGUUUGCUAACGAAGGCAGGAACAAAAUUCGCAAUGCAGAGGAUGACUCAGUCUCAAACAUUUUGUCACUUGACUUUGAUCCAUGGGAUGAAUCGUUGACUUCACCCCACAAUUUGGCAGAGUUACUCGGUGGAGCGGAUCAGCGAUCUAGUACUCUUAAACCUUUCAACCUCCUAAAGCAACAUAACAGUCAGUCCAGAUUUUCUUUUGCGCGGUACGAAGAAUCUAGUAAUCAAGCGUUUAAUGGUGAGAACUAUAGCAAUUAUGGGCAAUUGUCUAGAGAUCAGCCUAUUCAGCAGCCUGUAGUGAGCCAAGAUUUGUAUCGGGAUAAUCUCGGGAGUCUCAAUGGAUUUACUUCAAACCACUCUGGUGGAUUGGAAAACUUUUCUGCCAGUCCUUUAUACAACUCGUACAAGAAUCCUGUUUCACGACCCCAAGUAUCUGCCCCUCCUGGAUUUUCUGCUCCCAACAGGUUACCUCCUCCUGGCUUCUCUUCACAUGAUAGAGUGGGCCUAUCUUCAGAUACUGCACAAGGAACUCGUUUUCUUGACUCUACCUCCUUGUUGAGGAAUGCAUAUCAAGUACCGCCUCCUCCACUUGGUAAUCUGAAUGGUGGAGCAGGGGAUAUCGAGUUUGCGGAUCCUGCAAUUUUAGCUGUUGGAAGAGGAAUGGUAAAUGCAGACUUAAAUGUUAGAUCAGGGUUCUCAUCGCAACUGAAUUCUUUUGAAAACGAAGCAGCACUACAAAUGUUGAGGCAACAAUCAUUGUGUGCUGCACAACAACAAGUCAAUGGGUAUCAUCAUGAUCUCAGAAACAUCAGCAACUUAUCUCCUUCACGUAACGAUCCUUACGGAUUUAGUUCAAGGCUAAUGGAUCAUCAGACACAGGGAAGUAGUUUAUCUCCUUUCUCACAGCUUUCAAGGCAACAACCAUCUGCAAAUUCAAUCUUGUCUAAUGGCCACUGGGACAAGCGGAAUGAAGGCCAAAGUGUGAACUCUCUAGGCAUGGCUGAGCUUCUUAGGAACGAACGGCUGGGAUUUAAUGGGAGCCUAUACAACAACGGCUACGAAGAACCCAAAUUCCGGAUUCCUAGCCCCGGAGAUGUGUAUAAUAGAACAUAUGGGAUGUGA